GUCGGUCGGACGGACGGACGGCGGCAGCUGAGCUGCAGCGGCUGCUGGUACCCCGCGCUCCCUUCCUCCUUCCCUCCUUCCCUCCCCGAGCCCGGCCGCCCUGCCCGACAGGCAUGGCACUGACCGUGGAUGUCGUGGGCCCGGCGCCCUGGGGCUUCCGCAUCACCGGGGGCAGAGAUUUCCACUCGCCCAUCAUAGUGACCAAGGUGACCGAGAGGGGCAAGGCCGAGGCCGCUGACCUCCGGCCCGGCGACAUCAUCCUGGCCAUCAACGGGGAGCGUGCAGAAGACAUGCUCCAUGCUGAGGCCCAGAGCAAGAUCCGCCAGAGUGCCUCACCCCUGCGACUCCAGCUGGACAGGUCUAGAGUUGCUUCUCCUGGGCAGACCAACGGCGAUGGCUCCUUGGAAGUGCUGGCAGCUCGCUUCCAGGGCUCCCUGAGGACAUGCCGUGACAGCCAGCCCUGUUUGAGGUCUGCCUACGCCAGCCCCACCUCCCUAAGCCCCAGGCCAGGCAGCCCCUUCACCCCACCUCCCACAAGCCCACUCGCCCUCUCUGGAGAGGCCAUGAUUGGUCGCAGUUUCCAGAGUCUGACACACUCACCUGGCCUCGCUACUUCUGACCACUUACCCUAUGGGGGCCGCCCUACAAGCCAACAGGCCGGCCUCGGCCGCGCUGGCGAUUCUGCUGUGCGGGUGCUGCCGCCUUCCCCCGGGCCCCGGUCCUGUAGCCCCAGGUUCAGCAGCGCGGACCUGGAGGAAGACUCCGAGGUAUUCAAGAUGCUGCAGGAGAACCGAGAGGCACGCGCUGCCCCGCGGCAGUCCAGCUCCUUUCGGCUUUUGCAGGAGGCCCUGGAAGCUGAGGAGAGAGGUGGCACACCUGUCUGCCUGCCCAGCUCACUGAGUCCCCAGGCCUCCCUGCCCACCUCCAGGGCCCUGGCCACCCCACCGAAGCUCCACACCUGUGAGAAAUGCAGUACCAGCAUCGCGAACCAGGCUGUGCGCAUCCAGGAGGGGCGGUACCGACACCCUGGCUGCUACACCUGCGCCGACUGUGGGCUGAACCUGAAGAUGCGUGGCCACUUCUGGGUGGGCGACGAGCUGUUCUGCGAGAAGCACGCCCGCCAACGCUACUCGGCGCAGGGCACCCUCAGCUCUCGCGCCUGAGCCCCGUGGCACUCCGCCCAUCUCCACUCACAGCAUCUGCACGCAUGGCCAUGUGGAGAGCAAGUUGGCAGGGAAGGGGCAAUAGCAGGUGGUGGCUCUUACACGAACUAAGGUUGGGGACCCUGAGGCCCCUUUGUCCUCGCUGGGUGAGGCCAGGGCCUGGGACUCAUCUCGGGCUGCGGGUGCCAAGGGCACUGCCACUCUCUUGGGCCUUUCUCCUGCAGGACAGGUGCUACGCUACAGGCUGAAGGGGCCACUGUGUUUGCUACCUUUAUAGACAGGGUAGCACACAGGUGGAAGUGUCUAGAAGGAGAGGGGUAGGCCCCUGAUUAAUGAUAUUCACUAUGCAAGAUUUUUGACAUAUGAGCUCUAUAAUAUAAAUAUAUACACGUGGACAAAAGGACCUGGUGGUGUUCUUUUCCCUUCCCUGGCCCUUGGUAGGAGCUACUUGCCUCUCUUCUGCUCAUUUUACCAUAAACGGUCCCUGUUCACCUCCCUCAAUCCCCUCUGGUACAUGCCUUGGUGUAGAGGCUCCUUUCUUCUUUCUCUUUUUAUUUUAUUAUUUGAUUUUAUUUUUACAGAGAGUAAGAGAGAGAGAUAGAGGGAGAAUUGGUGAGCAAGGGCUUCAACCACUUUUAAGUGCACUCCGCACGCGUGCGCCACCUAGUGGGCAUGUGUGACCUUGCACUCACCUCACCUUUGUGUGUCUGGCCACCGUGGGAUCUGGAGGGUCGAACAUGGAUCCUUAGGCUUCUCAGGCAAGCGCCUUAACUGCUAAGCCAUCUCUUCAGCACCCCCUUUUUUUGAGACAUGUAACCCAGGCUGGCCUCCAACUUACACCCUUACUGCAUCAACCUUUUGUUUCUUGCCACCAGGUGUAAUGGCUUGUUUCUUUAAGUUGGGAUAUGUGAUUCUUUGACCCUUUUAUAAAGAUGCUCAUUUAUGUGAA